CCCGCCUUCUAAAUAAAACCGGCACCAAUUCCUCGGCCCCAAACCCUAGCCGCCGCCGCCGCCGCCGCCGCCCGCCGAUGGGGAAGCGCCCGCGUCAUGGGGGCGCCGGCCGGUCCCAAUUGGCGUCCUUCGAGUGGAAACUCCGCCGCCUCAUUCUGAAUGGCGGUCUCGCCGUCUCCGGCUCCUCCGCCGAGGACGUCGCCAACACCCUCCGCAUCCACCACCCCGAGCUCCGCCGCCAGAAGCUCGACCCCUUCACCGCCGCCGUCCGCCGCGCCCUAUCCUCACUCCCUUCCCCCUCCCCCUCCGGAUCCGACGACGACGACUCCUCCACCUCUCGCCGCCGCCGCCACGACGCCCACGCCAGCACCUCCUCCUCCACCUCCGUCUCCGAAGAGGCCGCCCACCCGCCGCCUUCCCCUGCCUUCGACGUCACCAAGUCCAUGCUUCGCUCCCAGUACGCCUCCCAGACGCCCAAACGGAACCCCGGUACUAACCAACAGCUGGAGAUUGAGGUGACCGCAGAGAAGGCACGCCGACUCAUCACAUCCGAUGGUGGAGACGGCGGCGAUGCCAAGCCAGAGGCCCCAGCUACUGCAGGAGUUGUCAGAGGGGAGAAGGGGCCACGGUUUGCUGAUCUCGGAGGGAUGGAAGCGGUGAUAGAGGAGCUGAUGAUGGAAGUGGUGGUGCCCCUGUGCCAUCCAGAGCUGCCACAGCGCCUUGGGGUUAGGCCUGUUGCUGGGCUGCUGCUGCACGGGCCGCCUGGUUGCGGGAAGACCACCCUCGCACAUGCCAUUGCCAAUGAGACUGGUGUGCCGUUCUACAAGAUCUCGGCACCUGAGGUUGUAUCUGGGGUAUCUGGAGCUUCUGAGGAAAAUAUCAGGGGCUUAUUUCAGAAGGCCUAUAGGACUGCUCCCUCAAUUGUAUUCAUUGAUGAGAUAGAUGCAAUUGCAUCCAAGAGGGAGAGUCUGCAACGAGAGAUGGAGCGACGGAUAGUUACUCAAUUAAUGACAUGCAUGGAUGAAUUCCAUCAGAAUAUUGGAUCGGGUGGCGCUGAUUUGGAUGGAGAAUCAUCUGAAAAGAAACCUGGUUAUGUUAUUGUCAUUGGAGCUACGAAUAGGCCUGAUGCUGUGGACCAAGCUCUGCGAAGGCCAGGAAGGUUUGAUCGAGAAAUAUCUCUUGGUGUUCCAGAUGAGAAUGCACGAAAACAGAUACUGAAGAUGCUUACUCAGAACCUUCGACUUGAAGGCGAAUUUGACUUGUUCAAGAUAGCAAGGGCCACACCAGGUUUUGUUGGUGCUGACUUGAAGGCAUUAGUGGACAAAGCAGGGAAUCUAGCAAUGAAGAGAAUAAUUGAUAAAAGAAGAGUUCAAUAUUGUCGUGAGCAUGACGGAAAUAGCAAGCAUGACUGGUGGAGAAAACCUUGGGAGGCAGAUGAGGUGGAGAGCCUACAUAUUAUCAUGGAUGACUUUGAGGAAGCAACAAAAAUGGUUCAACCAUCUUUGAGAAGAGAAGGAUUUUCUUCUGUCCCUGAUGUCACAUGGGAUGAUGUUGGAGGUCUCGAUUCAUUACGGAAAGAGUUUGACCGCUGCAUUGUUCGAUGUAUCAAGCACCCUGAAGAUUAUGAGGUAUUUGGAGUGAAUAUGCAAGCUGGCUUCAUGCUGUUUGGACCUCCGGGUUGUGGGAAAACACUAAUAGCAAAAGCAGUGGCGAAUGAGGCAGGGGCUAAUUUUAUUCAUAUUAAGGGGCCUGAGCUAUUGAACAAGUACGUUGGGGAGAGUGAAUCAGAAGUUAGGAAAAUAUUUACUCGUGCACGUACUAACUCCCCAUGCAUCCUGUUUUUUGAUGAGAUAGAUGCUUUGACAACAAAAAGAGGGAAAGAGGGAGGAUGGGUGGUUGAGCGUCUAUUAAAUCAGUUACUUAUUGAACUCGAUGGCGCUGAUCAACGCCAAGGUGUGUAUGUGAUAGGAGCUACAAACAGAAUUGAUGUGAUAGAUGAUGCUGUUCUACGGCCUGGUAGAUUCGGGAAAAAACAUUAUGUGCCUUUACCUUGUGCUGAUGAGCGAGUUUCCAUACUAAAAGCACAUGCUAGAAACAAACCCAUCUCAUCUGGUGUUGAUUUGGAUGCACUGGCACGUCGAAAAGAGUGCAACGAUCUCACUGGUGCCGACCUAGCAUCACUGGUGAAUGAAGCAGCCAUGGCAGCGUUGGAAGAGAGAUUGGAAUUCAUUGAGAAUGGGACAUCGUCAAUGAGUUCCUCUUGUUUGAUUGAGCUCUCACACUUUGUAAGGGCUCUAUCGAAGGUGAAGCCAUCAGUAUCCGAACAGCAAAGGAAAUAUUACGAGGUGUUGUCCAAGAGAUACUCCUCAAACUGAUCUAUCACCAUGUCUCCAUCUUGGUGUGUGUGUAUGAGAACCCUUUGCAAAUGUAUGUCCGCGUACCAUGUUUUCCGCGGUUCCUUGCCAGUGUCGCUAUGCACAAAGAUGGUUCUUCAGGGAGUGCACCACCACCAGCAUACAUUUCUGAAGUGCGUAAUCUGGUGUUAACAUAGGGAAUGAGGGCUAGCUGCUGCGGGAGGCAGAUUGAAUUCUGCUUCCCUUGCAAUCAAUUUUGGUUUUGCUUAUUUGUACCGACUUUGGCCUACUGGCAGUUCUGUAUGACCUGAACAUACAUGAAUGAGUGUACUACAAUCAUGCUUGAAGUAUAGCAAAUUAAUUUUUUGUCA